CACAUCUCCUCGCUACACGCAACCACGAAAUAAACCAAGAUGACCGUCACUAUGGUCGUUUCGAUUCCUGCCUCGGAUGCUUACAGGACGAAUCCACAAGCCGUCGACCAAGCUUUGGCAGGGAUUGCCAAGGCCCCGGGCCUCCUGGAACAGCACAGGGGCGAACAAAUCGAACCAGGUCCGGAAGGGACUACCGUCAUUUGGAUCUUUUCCGAAUGGGACUCUGCGCAAGCCUACACGGACUUCGCCAAGUCGGAGCUGCACGAGCCGCUCGCCCAGAUCGGGCGCGAGCUCGCAGUUCCCUUCGCACCGCCAUCUUUCUAUCUCUUCCCGUUCCCCGCCUUGAGCGAGACGCGCGAGAAGGGGACCGCCGCGGCGUUAACGCAUCCCGUCACAGAGGUGGCCGUACAAAAGGUUACGUCGCCCGAGAACGGUGCACGGCUGGUGGAGAUUUUUGGGGUCAUCGGGCAGUUCAUGGCGGCGUCGGCGUUUGCCAAGGAGGUGAACGACUCGAGCGUUUAUGCCGUGGUGGUGGGGUGGCCGAGCGUUGAAGCGCAUCAGCAAGCGAUCGAGGGCAACCCGCAAGGCAAGCCUCUGAUCGACGAGAUGCAGAGCUUGGGCGAAACGAAGGUGGUGCAUGUCAAGCUGAGAAAAUUCUGAAAGGAUGUCGAUAUGGAUGCGGCCCCGUACAUUUAGUGCUAUGUUUCAAAAUAUGAUUGCGCGAAUGGCCGUUUUAUUAAUGCCAUUCCCUGGCCAUCCAUAUCUGGUCGCUAUUGUUUCACGCAGCG